UCCCGCUGGAAGAAUGAGCUUGUCUGUCUUCCUCUGCCUUCUCUUCCCCAGCCACCUGAUCCUCCUCGCUUUGGCACAGAAGGAGACGCUGCCCCACAGAGCGCAACUUGGAGACGCGGCUUCCCGUGCCAUAAACAGCAGCAGAAGCAGGACUGGAAGCAGGAACGCCGCUUCUUCUUCUUCUUCCUCCUCUCCCUCCUUUUCAGCGCCUUCCUCUUAUUUUUCCCCCUCUUCGGGAGCUCACGACAGCGGCUCCGAAAGGAGCAGUUUCCAGUGGAGCCCAUCCGGGCGCAGAACCGGCAGCUUGUAUUGCAGGGUGGGCAUCGGUUUCCAUCUCCAAAUCCACCCCGAUGGGCAUGUCAACGGCUCCCACCAAGACAGUCUCUUAAGUAUUUUGGAAAUAUUUGCUGUGUCUCAGGGGAUUGUAGGAAUACGAGGAGUUUUCAGCAACAAAUUUUUAGCGAUGUCAAAAAAAGGAAAACUCCAUGCAAGUACCAAAUUUACAGAUGACUGCAAGUUCAGGGAGAGGUUUCAAGAGAACAGCUAUAACACAUACGCCUCAGCGGUUUACAGGACUGAAAAAACAGGAAGAGAAUGGUAUGUUGCUUUGAACAAAAGGGGCAAAGCAAAAAGAGGAUGCAGUCCCCGGGUAAAACCCCAGCAUAUUUCAACUCAUUUCCUCCCGAGAUUCAGACAAGCCGAACAGCCGGAACUCGCCUUUACUGUCACUGUCCCUGAAAAGAAAAAGCCACCUGUCAUCAUCCCAGCAAAGCCAAAGGUUUCAUUGCCGGUGCCUCGGAAGAACCCCCCUCUGGUCAAAUAUAGACUCAAGUUUCGCUUUGGAUAA